AGUCGAUUUUUACGCGUCCGCAAAACAGGUUCUAAUUUUGAAGCGUCUGCACGGUCGUUAUUUGUUUAUAUAUCUGCUUCAUUCAUAAAUUGUAUAUUUUCCAAUAGUAACAAAGUUUUUGUUAUUGUUUUUUGUCGAUUUUUCGCUACACGUAAAUAAAUUAAUAUAUUUGUGUUAUUUUUCGCUUUCAUUAUAAUAUUUAAUACAAAACACAAGUGAAAUUUAUAAAUAAAAGAAACAAAAAUUGCAUGAUUAUAUUAAAAAUACAAAAUAAAGGAAAGAAGGUGCAAAAAGUAUAAAAUUUUAAUGUGUGUGUGUAGGUGUUUUGAAAGGAAUGGAAAAAAUUGUAAAUGAAUUUAUUGAAAAGAAUUGUGAAUGAAAUGAUAUUCUAAUAAAUGAAAAUAUUAAUAGAUUUUCUUUGAAUCUAAAAACAAAGAAUAAGUGUAAAUAAACAAAUUUUAUUUGCAAUAUAUAUACACAGAAAAAUAUGCUAAAAAACAAGUGUGUAUAACAAAAUAGUAGAAAAAAGCCGCUAAGGGCUUUAAAUAAAUUGAAAAAAAACACCCUUUGCUUAAAGAUAAUACAAAUUUACAAGUGUAACAGAUAUAAAUCCUAUUAAAUAUGAUAUUAAUAUUAAAAGUUUCUUUUGAUUAAACUUCAUUAUUAAAUGAAACUCCAAUAACAACAACGAAACCACUAAAAGGAAUAAAAAAAUUAAUAAAAACAAAACAGUAGCAAAAAACAACAAGAACAAGAAUCUUCUUUCGCACUUCCCCACAUCACACGGUUUUCAUAACAAAUUUGUUGUUGGUGUUAUUUGAGAGUAAAAACAGAGAGUGUGUACGAUUUGUGCGUGUGAUUUGUUGUUGUUUUUAUUUUUGCAUACAAACAAACUAGAAUCAACUAAAAAUAAAUUUUGAAAACAAAAACAAACCAGGGGGAAGAGUUAAAAAAUACUUGUUCUUCCCUUUAUUAUUAUUGCUGAUUUGAUGUGGUGUUGUUCACAGUGAAACGUAGAAAAUAAUGGCAGAACGUAAAUUUACCCGGGCCUUAAAUAAGCCGGGUAUGGCUGCCCAAUUGCGUGAGACUGUAUCACAAGUUGUACGAGAGAGUGCAGUGUUGAAUAAACCCCUCGUUGUGGAACCUAUAGACUUUGAAAGCUUCAUCUCCAAAAACAAAACUCUAAUACAAAAUGAUCCCCAAAGAGAAUUACUUAUAUAUCCAAGUGAUGAUGUAUCGGAAAAAAUCUUACCCCGUAAAGUACGCACAAAAUCCAAAUCCAUAACAGAUCGCUUUGAACCUCCCAAUGAAUCAAUCGUAAGUCCCUUGCAUGGUGGAUCAACAUCCACCAAUGGAUCACAUAAUGUAACACGACAGAAUAGCAGUGCUUCCAAUAGUCCGCGUUUAACGCAACGUCAAUUGAGUAGUCAAUCCACAACUUCUAAUGGUUCCAUACAACAACAGCAACAACAAAAUGGUGGUAACAUUUCACGUAAAUGUUCACAAACCUCAGCGCCACAACUUAAUUCCAUUAAGUCACCUACCUCAUCAUUGGAAUCAUACGAAUCGGCGCUUUCCACAACAAAUGGCACAACUAAAUCCAUAUCUUCCUCAUCAUCAUCAACACUCAAAUCAAGUAAUUUAGCACAACCCGAAGAAGAUGAUGAUUUAGAUACCAUAGGUGAUUCGUUGACAAAUAAUGGUGUUGGUCCUCCGGCAAAGCCAAAAUUUGAAUGUUCACGUUUUACGCGACAAGCCUUGUAUACGUAUCGGGCUAAAAAUCAUUUAAUACAUUAUAAAUAUCAUGAAUAUGGUGGAACUUGUCAUGAUCUGCCAAAAAAAACUUCCUCAGAAGUUUUAAGAGAAGAAGUCUAUGAAAUUGAUGCCGAUCAAGAUCGCAUCGAUGAGCAAAUGUCUCGUUCUCAGGCUGAUUCCAUUACUAAACAAGGUUAUUUACUAAAAGGUCCGGACUCGGGUUCAGAUCGUAUGUUUGCCAAUAUUGGCAACAAAUCAUUCAAAAGAAGAUAUUGUUAUUUACGCCAGGAAGUAGAUGGUACUUAUAUAUUAGAACUACACAAGGAUGAAAAACAAGGAGAGGCUAAGGCCACUAUAGUCAUGGACUUUUGCACUGAAGUUGUACAGAAUCCCAAACGUAGUCGCUAUUGUUUUGAACUACGCAUGACUGCCGGUCAUAAAUCCUUUACAUUAGCUGCCGAAAAUGAAGAAGAUCUCAAGGACUGGUUAAGUAAACUCUCGUUAGUAUUGCAACAGAACAAAAUCCAAGAAGAUAAACGAGUAGCAUCACUCGAAAGAACACCUCCUCCAAGUCCCAAUACUGUGAUGUUUGGUACCCUUAAGGGUCUUGAUCAAUCUAUGAAUCCACAAUUAAUCAAAUAUGGGAGAGAAACUGAUAUUUCCAUAGCACAGGCAAGACGAGAAAAUAGACGAAGACUUUUUGCCAAUUACCAAUCGAGUUCGAAAGCAACACCAGCCGAUAAUGUCGACCAAUAUAAAGAACAAUUUGGCAAACGUAUAUUCCUUAGUUGUCAAAGUCUAAAAUUCCGCCUUCAAUGUCCUUCCGAUAGUCAAAGUUCGACCGAUGGCAGUCAUGUCUGUCAGGUUGAACCCUAUAUAACUAGUCUGGCUCUGUAUGAUGUACGCGCAGGACGCAAACUUACAGAAUCAUUUUACUUCAAUAUUAACGAUGAGCAUGUGCGUGAUAUGUUACCCUCCACACCCGUGCCACAUUCGGUGGCCGCUGCAAAUGUUCCCAAAAAAGAUGUGCAUGAUGAACGUACACGUAGUACUUCACAAGCCUAUAGUACGCUUAUAGAAAAUCUUUCGACAGAAUUACAGAGAUUCAACAAGGAACAGUUUUCUCAAUUAAAACAGGCUUUAUUUUCAGUUACCUCGCCUCAUCCUGAUAUAUUUCUGGUGCUAAAAAUAGAGAAAAUCUUGCAAGGAAAUAUUGUGCAGGCUGUGGAACCCUACUUAAAAGCCAAUAGAGAUCCCAGAUUUGCUCAAAAACUACACAAGAAUAUACGUAAUUAUGCCCAGAAUAUUGGCCAUUAUAGACAACCAUUUGCCUGGGCAGCCAAACCUCUAUUCCGUUCAUACAGCAAUGAAUUGGAUACCGAAAAAGAUGGUGAAUUUGAAUUUAAUACCAUCUAUCGACAAGAAGUAAAUAAACUCAAAGAUGAAGAGUUAUUGAAAUUAUUAGCCGAAUAUCGAAAACCAGAUAAAUUAAGUAAAUUGACGGUUAUACCGGGACAAUUGAAAUUAAUGAUUGAGGAGGUGGAAAAGGUGGAAGGCUCAUUUACCAAAUCAUUAGUACCUUUGGUUAACUACACUUGUCCACCCAACAAACCAAUUACUUUAGAAAUAACCGAAUUCCAAAGUACUUCCAAACGAGAUUGUCAUCCAUUUACAACAUUUUGUAAUCAUUUAUUUGUCUAUCCCUUAAACCUACAAUUCGAUAGUCAGAAAAUAUUCUCCCGAGCUCGUAAUAUAACAGUUGUGGUAGAAUUAAGAGAUUCGGAUCAUGAAAAUUCUAAGCCAUUGAAGUGCAUAUAUGGCCGUCCGGGUCAAGAUUUUCUAGUCUCCCAAAUAGCCUGUCCCGUUUUGCAUCACAACACCACUCCCUUGUGGUAUGAAGAAUUAAAAUUACGUUUACCUUUGGGUAUAUUCCCCGAACAUCAUCUUCUGUUUUCUUUUUAUCAUGUUUCUUGUAAUCUGGGCAAAAAACGUGAUGCUAAUGCUUCGUUCGAAACACCCAUCGGUUAUGCCUGGCUGCCGUUGUUGCAAAAAGGUAAAAUAAAUUUGGAUGAACAAGUCAUUGCAGUAGCAGCCACUUUGCCUGUCGGGUAUUUAAGCAUUCAGCCCUUGGGUUUGGGCAAAGGGCAGAAUUGUGGGCCAGAUAUACAAUGGAUCGAUAACCAAAGACCACUGUUUGGAGUGGCCCUGCGUAUGGACUCUACAGUACACACAGCCGAUCAACAUUUACACAAUUUAUUUGCUCAUUCCGAACGUCUGUUGGAAGGUGGUAAAACUUCGGCUAUGCCAGCUGAAACGGAAACUUGUAAAAUUCUAAAAGCAGCUCAUGCUAUUGAUAUUACCACCCUUAUUAACUAUUUGCCUACUAUACUAAAUGAACUCUUUACCUUGUUGGUGCACACACAAUCCGAAGAAGUGGGCUUGAAUAUUAUACGUUUGCUGAUAAACAUUAUACACAUGAUCACAGAGGAGGCUGGGCGCAAGGAGUUGUUAACUUCUUAUGUAACGUAUGUUUUCCAUGCUCCCUAUUAUUCCCAAAAGAUAUCACGUACUGUACAUGGUGAAUUAUGCAAACAUUUGCCUUCUAUUCUACAUCCCAAUAAUACCGACUUUUUGGUGGUCAAUAAGUUUAUGCGUUACUCGGGCAUAUUCUUUGAUUUAAUUGUAAAAAGUAUGUCGCAACAUCUUUUGGAUACUGGAAGGAUACGCAUGUUGAGAAAUGAAAGAUUUCCCAAAGAAUUCCCCGAACGCUUGGAGAAUCUUAUUAAGGUCUUGAUACCCUAUUUGAUAUCUCGCUAUAAAGAUUUACCCGUGGAAACUCAACAUCUUAAUAAGUCUUUAUCACAGUUUGUGCGUAGAGCUUUAACAUUUAUGGAUCGUGGUUUUGUUUUUAAACUAAUACGCUACUACAUGGAACAAUUUUCUCCCGGCGAUCCUCGUGUUUUGCAGGAGUUUAAAUUUAAUUUCCUACAAGAAAUUUGUCAACAUGAACAUUAUGUGCCCUUUAACUUGCCAUUUGUUUUGAAUCCCAAAAAUCGUCCUCCCGAAAUGAUGCAACAUUUUAAUUUAACCGAGGAUUUCUGCAGACAACAUUUCCUAUCGGGCUUAUUGCUACAAGAACUGAAGAGUAGUUUAAAUGAAGUGGGCAAUGUUAGAAAACAUGCCUUGAUGGUGUUGAAGAACCUAUUGGCCAAACAUGAAUUGGAUGAUCGUUAUCAGAAUAAGGGUCAACUAUCGAGAAUUGCUUUAUUGUAUGUACCCUGGUUAGGUAUAGUAAUGGAUAAUAUACAAAGAAUCGAUGAUCUCUCAGAGGUGACCACACCCAAUGGUCAUGUUUAUGCCGACUCAGCUUCCUAUACCCAAAGGCUUUCCUGUUCCAGUAGUUAUGUUUUUGGUAAAGAUUCCACUCUGAAUUCCAACACCUCUACUCCUAGAGGCAAAAAUAGAGCUACAUUACAUAUAGAACAUCCUAGUCCAGUAAGAGCUUCGGUACAUCUUAAGGAAACCAAUUACUUGGCAGCCAUAGCUGGUACUGUCAUCACCAAUGGCUGUUCAGAUUCUUCUCUUAACUCUUUAACAUCCGAUUCACAAAACUCUCAAGAUACCACCUUGGGAGCUAAUGGUAACCAUAUAGAAAAUAUGGAUGUGGCUUUAAGAAAUGGUCACAAUCGUUCCAUAAGUGUAACUCAUGCCACCGUCAUGCAAAGAUGUGAUAAAUUCUCAGCGGCUGAAAGCAAAGAUCUCCUAUUGGGCUUCCUGUUUGUCAUCAAACAUCUAUCGCAAGAACAAAUGAUUGGAUGGUGGCAAAAUUGCAAUGAAACCGAAACUAUUAACUUUAUGACUAUUUUGGAAUUGUGUCUCAUACAAUUUCGUUAUGUGGGUAAGAAAAAUUUACAUUUAAAUGAAGAAUCCAGAGAUGCUCGAGCCUUAAGAGCAGCCAAAGCCAGUACUCUACCAGCCAGAACAUCACCAGCAGCUUUGGAAAACUCCCCUAAUUUAAAUGAAACAGGCACCUUAAAUUUAACACACAAUCGAGAGAAUUUAUUAAGUGAAACCACUAGAAGUCAACAGGCUUUAUAUGAAUCAAAUCUGGCCACUGAAGUGGGCAUGAUCAUCUUGGAUUGUUUGGGUUUAUUUGCUGUACAAUUUAAACUUAAACUCAUAGACAGUCUUAUAUUACCCAAAUUGGCGCGUGUUUAUCUCAAGUUUCUGCAACUGGGUCAAUCGGAAAAUCUCUCCAAACAUGUUUUUGCUGCUCUGCGUGCUUUCAUCAACAACUUUUCGCCGGCUCUCUUUAAAGGCAAUGCCAUAUUGUGCGGUCAAAUGGUAUACGAACUACUAAAGGCGUGUGACAGUCGUCUAGUGCAAAUUAGACAUGAAUCCUGUGCCGUUCUUUAUCUACUAAUGCGUAGUAAUUUCGAAUUUAGCGGCCGUAAAGGUUUAACGCGGGUACAUUUACAGGUCAUCAUUUCGGUGUCACAAAUGAUUGGCAAUGUAAUUGGUCUGAAUAAUGCACGUUUUCAAGAGAGUUUAUCGGUCAUCAAUAGUUAUGCGAAUAGUGAUAAGGCUAUGAAGGGUACCGGUUUCCCAGUAGAGGUCAAAGAUCUUACACGUCGGGUGCGGACUGUUUUAAUGGCUACAGCUCAAAUGCAGGCUCACCAUAUGGAUCCAGAGCGCUUGCUAGAGUUACAAUAUUCUCUAGCCAAUUCCUAUGCCUCUACACCAGAACUAAGACACACCUGGCUGGUGACUAUGGCUCGUAAUCAUGAACAGAAUGGUAAUAUUUCCGAAGCAGCCUGUUGUCAUCUGCACAUAGCCGCUUUAAUGUCCGAAUAUCUACGUUUAAAGGGAGGCUGCAGCAUUAAUUGGGGCUCUUUGGCUUUUAGCAAAAUUUCACGCAAUAUUAAUCGUGAUGAACAAGGUCUCAAAUUGGAUGCUGGUUCUCAGGACUCUCAAUAUACCGAACAAAUGCUAUUGGAACAAUUAAAACAAUGUGCAGUAUUUUUGGAUUCAGCCGAACGUUAUGAAUGUUUGGGUGAAUUAUACAAGUUGAUAUUGCCUAUUUAUGAGAGAACUAGGAAUUACAAUGAUCUACAAGAAUCCUAUGAACAUUUAGCCAAGGCUUAUAGUAAAAUUAUUGAGGUGAAUCGUUCUGGCAAGCGCAUGUUGGGUAGAUUUUAUCGUGUUGUUUUCUAUGGAAUGGUUUAUUUCGAAGAAGAUCAUGCUGUGGAAUAUGUUUAUAAGGAACCUAAAUUAACUUCUUUGAGUGAGAUUUCCGAACGUUUGUCAAAGCAGUACAAGGAGAAAUUUGGUGCCGAUGUUGUGAAAUUAAUAAUGGAUUCAUCGCCGGUUAAUGUUAAUGAACUCGAUCCCAAAUUGGCCUAUAUACAAGUAACACAUGUGAUACCAUUCUUUACCAAAGAUGAACUCGAUCAAAGACUUAAUGAGUUUGAACAAAAUCAUGAUGUUGAUACAUUUAUGUAUGAAACACCAUUCACUAAAUCGGGAGCAGCCAGAGGUGCAGUCGAGGAACAAUGGAAACGUAAAACCGUGAUAAAAACAACUUAUUCCUUUCCCUAUGUGUUAAAACGUAUACCAGUUAAAUCCAGAGAAAUUAUAGAAUUAAGUCCCAUAGAGGUGGCCAUAGAUGAAAUGCAAACCAAAGUAACAGAAUUAGAAGAAACCAUACUACCACCAGCCGAUGUUAAGAAACUACAGCUUAGACUGCAAGGCAGUGUGGCUGUGCAAGUAAAUGCUGGUCCUUUGGCUUAUGCUCAAGCCUUUUUGGAUCCCAAAGUCGUAAAUAAUUUCUCAGUAGAUAGAGUAGAGGACUUAAAAGAUGUUUUCAGAGAUUUCAUAGGUGUUUGUCAUACCGCUCUACAACUAAAUGCCCGCAUGAUUUGCAGCGAUCAAAAGGAAUACCACAAUGCUUUAAAGGAAAACUAUCAGAAGCUUUGUCAGGCCUUAAGCGAAUUGUUAGAUGAACCUUUCCAACCUUUAGAUGAUAGUGCCAAUGCAACACAACGCAAUAGCAUGGCCUUAUUUAAUGCCAUUAGUGGAGCUUCAAAUAAUUCAAGUACUGCCUAAAAUUAAUGUCAACAACAAAACGUUUUCAACUUAUUCGUACUUCCCCUCUAUAACUAUAUUCUACUUAGUAGAUAAAGAAAUUAAGAAAACAAAAAAAUAUCCCUAAAUUAAAAAAAAAAACAUAUAUCUUUCAAACGUAGUUUGUGUGUUACCUAUCAUCAAUAUACAUAUAUGUAUGUCUGUCUCUCACUCUCACUCACUCUCUGUGUCUGUAUCUAACAAUAUGUUACUAACAACAACAUUUUUUUACAAUUUAGUAUAAUCACGAAUUUAUAACCAUUUUCCAUUACUCAAAUCAUAGAGUGUCAUAGAUUUUAACAAAAAAACUGUAGUGUUAUUUUGAUAAAAAAAAAUUACUUGUUAGAAAAAGAAAGUAAUUAAAUUUAAAGUACUUUUUCUAAAAUAUAAAGGAUGAAUGGUAUUUUAGGUUU